AAACUUAUCACAUAUUUAUUGUGUCUUGCAGCAUAUGCAUUCAUUGACUAUGAAGAUCACAGAGAUGCUGAGGAUGCAGUUCGGUAUGAGAAUGGCAGAGAGAUCUGUGGGUCCAGUAUUAUAGUAGAGAGAGCCAAAGGAGCACCAAGGAGGUCAUUGGCCCCAAGAAGUUCUGGCUAUGAUGACAGCUACAGGUCUGGACGAGGCUCUAGAGACUACCCUGACAGAUAUGACAGAAGAAGUGGUCCAAGAGGAGGACGAUACAGGUCACCCUCACCACGACGUAGGAGGUCCAGAUCUCGAUCUCGAGACAGAAGGAGACGCAGCCGAAGUAGAUCUCACAGCCGACAGCGACGAAGGAGGUCAAGCUCUGUCAGCCCCCGGCGAUCCAGCAAACGAUCAAGAUCUAGGUCACCAAGCAAGUCAAGAAGUAGGUCACCACAGAGUAAAUCGGGGAGUGGAUCUCCACCAAGAAAUGGGCAGCAGACCGACAAAUCUCCAUCAAGGAGUCCUGCUAACUGAAUCAAAUUUUAUUUUAUCAUCAUUGCUCAUUUAUAAACUUUGCAUUUUAAACUUUAGUUAAUGUAUCUUUCCGUCAAGUGUUUUCUUUAGUGAUCUGUUAUUUUAAAAACCAUCUACCUACUUGCUACAAUGUUGACGUGCACUAGAAAAUUAUUUUAACAAAUUUGUAAAUUGAUGGCAAUGCAGUGCCAUCCUGUAUAUUUUAAUUAUGUUUUAAUUUUUGUUGGUGUGUGCACCAGAUAUAUUUAAACAAGGGCUUUUCAUUUGCUUUUGCUCUUACUUGAAUUGUUUGUGCAGAAAAGUAAGAACAAUGUAACAGAAAGUAAUUAUAUUGUUAUGAGUAUGACAUGAUACUACUAGCUAUUAAUUUUAUUUUAGUUGUUUGAUAUACAAAGUAUUGUUUUGAUUACUUUGAUUGAAGAUAUUAUUGUCAAGUAUUAUCAUUGUCCUAGUAAAUUUUGUACAUAGGUUGUAAAUUAUCACCCACCCAAACUAACUGAAGAAAUAUAAAUUAAAAAGAAUAAU